UCAUCAGCUUCCAAGACUCUAGCAUCAUUAUAUAUAUAUGUAGUAUAUCCCUCAAGCCACCGACACUUUUUUUGGUCCAUGAAUGGUAUGACAGACAUCAAAACCUAAUCGAAGAAUUCUUUUCUUCUACUCUCCAUAUAUAUAUGCAUGCAAAAGCAAAGUAGUGAUCAGAAGGGAAAGAAUUCAGGCAUGAAGAAGAAAGGCAUGGCAGGAAAUCAUGAUCAAAAUGAAGAAAAGACGUUGCCACCAGGGUUUCGGUUUCAUCCCACAGAUGAAGAGCUAAUUACUUACUAUCUCCUAAACAAGAUAUCAGAUACUAAUUUUACAGGACGGGCAAUUGGUGAUGUUGAUCUCAACAAAUGCGAGCCAUGGGAACUUCCAGGGAAGGCUAAAAUGGGAGAAAAAGAGUGGUAUUUCUUCAGCCUUAGGGAUCGGAAAUACCCAACCGGUGUGAGAACAAACCGAGCAACAAAUACAGGUUACUGGAAGACCACAGGGAAAGACAAGGAGAUCUUCAACAGCGAAACUUCAGAGUUGAUUGGGAUGAAGAAGACAUUGGUUUUUUAUAGGGGGAGAGCUCCCAGAGGAGAGAAAACCAACUGGGUCAUGCAUGAAUAUCGCAUCCACUCAAAAUCUGCCUUUAGAAAUACCAAGCAGGAUGAAUGGGUGGUUAGCCGAGUCUUCCAGAAAAUUAGCGCUGGCACAAAGAAACUUCCGAACCAAUCAAGAUUAUCUGCAAUACUGAAUCCCUACAACCUGGAAAUAGGUACUCCUAGUUCUGUACCACCACCAAUGAUGCAGCUGGGAGAUCCUUCAGGUCAGUUCCAAUAUUAUGGAAGGAAUUACGUGAGCAGUGCAGAACUAGCGGAGCUCGCGCGGGUUUUCAGAGGCGGGGGAUCAACGGCCAGUGUCAACCUGCAGCCAUUAUUGCAACCCCACCUGAACUAUCCACUUGGAGGAGGAGGAGGAGGAGGAGGGUGCUUCACAAUAUCCGGGUUAAAUUUGAAUCUUGGAGGGCCUCGGACUCAACCCGUUUUCCGACCCAUGCAGCCCCCAGCUGAGCCAGGGCCAGCACCACCACCUCCUCCUCCUUCUCUAUCAAUGAACCAACAAGAUGUAAUUACUUCCUCCAUGAUGAAUAGUAGUUCUCUUGCUGCAGAGAGUCCAGGCUAUGGUACGGAUCAAAUGAAUCAUGCAAACCCACCCGGCAAUAGAUAUGUGGGCGUGGAUCACUGCAUGGAUCUAGAAAACUACUGGCCUACCUAUUAAGGGGCAAAGAAUUCGGGAUCAACACAUGAAUUUAGUCUAGCCUGCUAUAAACAUAAAGUAGAUAUUUAAGCUGCGUUGCAAUAUUCGUAGUUAACUAUAAGAUCUGUAAUGCUAGAGAUAAUACAAGUUUUAUUAUAUAAAUUUUGUAAAUUGACGUGCAUCAAUCAAAAGUUAAAAUAAAAAAUCAACGGUUAUGAUC